AAAAUAAAAAAAAAUUCAACAUUGAUAUAAGUGGUGAAUAAAUCAGGAUUUUAAAUCAAGAUUGCCAACUGAAAUAAGAUAUAUUUAUUUAAAUAUGCCACCAUUAAAAUCAAAGUGUGUUCUUGCCAAGAAAAAAUAUAAAAACAAACCAAAAAAAGUUGAAGCAAGCAACAAGUGUUGUUGUGCAGUAGCACCUGGAGCAAAUGACUCAUCAACCUCAACCUCAUCAUUAUCAACAACAACAACAUCAGCUGACUCGUCAAUUACAUCAUCCAAUGAUGAUGAAUACACAUCAUCAUCAUCAUCAUCACCAACAUCAUCAUCAACAUGUUCUUGUUACUCAGAUUCUGAUAUAUCUGAUGAUGCAUUUGAUGAAGCAGCAUGUAAAUGUGGUGGUACCACUAUCGACACUGAUAGUGAUGCUGCAACGCAAUUAAUGAGAAAACGUGGAGGUAAAAAAAAAGCUCAAGCACGUGCUGCUAAAUUAUGUGCUAAAAAAUCCAACAAAAAAAAAACAGCUCGUCGUGAAAAGCAUUCAACUUCAUACUGUUCAUCUGAUUAUUCUGAUGAUAAUGAUUACUGCUGUGCACCAAAAAAAUCACGUCGUAAAGGUUGUUGUUAAAUUUAAUAUAAAAAAUAAAAUUAAAAUAA